AUGAGGCUGGGGCUCCGAUCUGCUCGGGAGGUGCUUCCGAGUGCAUGUUGCCGUGUGAACCUCGUAUUCCUUGGCAACCAGAACCAAGAUCCUGGAGUCCCACAGGUCGGGAAAACCCGUUUGCCAAAGCAAAAACCGGCCCCUUCCUUCGGAUCGAGCCAGAUCCCUGUCUUCUUUCUCCCCGGACUCCCGCCCCACCCCACCCCCCACCCUCCAUCUUUGGCGGCUGCGCCCCUCGCCCCGAGCGCUUUCUCCCGGGCUGGGAAGGGCUCCGGGAGAGCCGGGGGCUGCGGGGCGGGGCGCGGCGGGGGACGGAGGCCCCCGGGUCCGCACGGCACGGGGCCACAGGGCGCGCCUCCUUACCGGCUCUGGGUGCCUGUGCAGCCCCUGGGUGAGCGCGGUGCCGCCGAGGGGCCGGGGUCGCUGACCUCGUCCGGCUGGUGCCUGGCCUCUGGCGGAGGCUCUCUCCCGGCUCGACGGCGGAGCCCGGAGCUAGGAGCCAGUUGGAGCGCUGCCGCCGCCGUCGUCGCCGCUGCCGCUACUGCCGCCGCCGCCGCCGCUGCAGCCUCUGCAUUUCUCGCGCUCGCUCCCCCUCCCCUUCCUGCCCAGCGCCCUCCCCCCCGCGCGUCUGCCCGCCCAGCCUCCCUCCUCCCGCGCUCCCCGCCCGCCGCUUUCCCCUCCCUCCAGCCCGGUGCCCCGCCCGCCUCCCCUCCACUCCCUCCAGCUCGGUGCUCCCCACCCCCUGCACUCCCUCUACUCCCUCCCUAUCCAUCCCUCCGGCGCAGACCCUCCCCUCUCCUCCAGCCCCAACACGCCCGCCUCCACUUCACUCCCCCCAGCUCUGGGCCCUCACCUCCCCUCCCCUCCAGCACAGUCACCCCCAUUUCUCUCCCCUCCUCCAUCCUGGUCCCUCCCUUCCCCCCACCUCUCCCCCCUCCCUCCAACCCAGUGCCCCGCCAAUGUUUCCUAACUGCCCUCUAUUCAGAUCCCCCUCCGCCUCCCCUCUCCUCCCCUCCAUUCCGGUGCCCCCCUUCCCCCUUCCCCCGCCGCGCCUGGGCUGUCCGUGGGCUCCUCUCUCUCUCUCUGUCUCUCCCCCCACCCCCGCUUCUCAUUUAUUCGGAACGGUUGGAGAAGUGCUUGGGCUCUCGCUCAGACUUAGGGAGCUGCCUCGAGGUGAUGCCUGACGCCCAGGGCACCAGCUACGCUUCUCAGACCCCAGUCCAGCCAGCUCCCGACGAUGGCUGCGAUUCCGCUACCACCGCGGGCAGCGAGGUUGGGGUGAGCCCCAGCUGCGCGUCUGGGCGGCGCAGUUGCAAACGAAUUGCGCACCUCGGGCGGCUCCGCACCUGCAUCUACACCCGCAGGCGCACACGCGGGGCUGAGCCCCGAAGGCUGCAGCUUCAGGGAGGCGCGGCCGCAGAGGUCCAGGUGGCAGAGCUAGCCACGUCGCCCCUCGGAGGAUGCUCUCGGGACUUGGGAGAAGAAGGAGGGAAGAGAAGAGGGGAAAGGGGCCGUCGAUGUUUCUGAUGUCCGUGUUUUCGUGGAGGCCACCAAUACUGAGAAGACCGGGUUGCCCGAGGUAGCCCGCACGCCGCUGCCCGCGAGCACUGGAGUCCAAGCUGUGGCCAACAGCGACGUGGCCGGGUGCCCUGGGCGGGGGGGGGGGGCGGACACUUGGCAUACCACCGGGACACAGAAUAGCCACCGGAGUUGGGAGAUGCGUUCACUUUGCUUACCUAUUGGCAAGAGGGACAUGCAAAAAUAAUGUAAAGUGACAUCGUUGACAACGGUAGCUCUUUGAUUAGACAAAAGCCAAUUUUACCUUCCCGCAAAAGCCAUUUGACGCCUUUGGAACUUUUAUUUGCGGCAUUUUGGCGCCCUCUGGCUGUGUUUUGAUGGCUUUCAUGCUCGCCUGGGUCCCAGCAAAGAAAACAUCGAUUGAGUUGCAGGUUGUCCUCAGGAUGGUCCUGCCCUUGUGACCUGGGCGCGAAUUCAGGGAAAGGGUCGCCCUGGAGAACAGGAGCGACAAUCUGUAACCAUACUUAGAGAGGCAGACGUCAAAGGCAAGUGCAGCUAUAUUCAGCUGGGUAAAGUCUGGUCUGUUUGGGCCCCCAUCUCAUUUCCUCACAAAGGCUGGGACACUCUAUGACCACCUCACCAUAUAAAGCGGAAGGAAUCAGACCCUACUGAGCAGUGCUGCGGGCCCUCAGGACCCUGUUCUGGAGAGCUCUGUCAUUCUCCCUAACGCUCACAGACACGGGAACAUGAGUCAUCAAUGAGACAGUGUUGCCACCGCCUUUCUCCCCAAGCUCCCUAAAAAAAGAGGAAAUGGCCUCUGACACUGGGAUGUAUGAACAAGAGUUCCACACACAGCACAGAGCCUGAGAACCUCUGCCAUGGACUUCCGCGCUGGUUAUAGGAUGCUGGUCUCAUGUUUGGGUUUGCAACCUCAAAUCCAAAGAAAGCAUCACUUGAAGUAUGAUUUGUAGGGAGCAGUAUAAAGACUGAUUCAGAAGGAAAAACAAAGGUCAAAUGCUACCACUGUGAUAUGACUUCUGCAAUUUAAAAAAUAAUUCUACCUUUCUUAAAGAAUAUUUUGGCAAUGGAGAAGAUGGACAUGUAAAGAGUUGUAAUUGUUUUUAAAGUGCAUAAAGCAAUAUUAUGGAAGAAAAAUGAUCAAUUAGCGACACCAAUCAAUAAAGCUGGAAUGAGACAUAAUUAAGCUAGUUCAAAGGAAAGUCUGAUGAAAGAUUACAGAAAGCUCUCUAAUUACAGAGGAGAGGAAAGAAGAAUCUCAGGCAAAGACUGCCAAGGAGGUUACAAAUUUGUUAGCCCUGCAUCGGAAAUGAGAAACCCACAAUUAAAGACAAAACAAAACAAAGUCAUCCAACAAUGGACAGGCUCCGUUCUCCAGUUAAAAGGAUCUACCACCAGCUUUAAAGUCAUCAGCCACAUUAUUUCCAGAUUUCUCAGAACCACAUGAGCAAACGCACGUGGCAAGACCAACCCUCAACUCACUCCAUUAUGAGUACAACUUAUCAAGGACAGAGGACCCUGGAACAUUUCUAAACUUGGAUCUUCAAGAUGCCAAACAAGAUAGGCUGAUAGGCUGGUCUGAAGGUAGUGAGCUAUCUCAAUUGAUUAUUCAGCCAGUUUCAGAUUGAACUCCUUGUUCUACUCUUUUCCUCCUUCUCACUACUGCACUUGACUAGCCUUAAAAAAAGAGAGAGAAGCUAAUAAUUUGCUCGAUAUCAAUAAAGUCAUCUGUGAAAAAUAUAAUUUUUCUUUUCUUUUUUUUUUUGAGACGGAGUCUGCUCUGUUGCCCAGGCUAGAGUGCAAUAGUGAGAUCUCGGCUCACUACAACCUCCACCUCCCUGCAACCUCCGCCUCCCAGGUUCAAGCCAUUCUCUUGCCUCAGCCUCCCAAGUAGCUGGGAUUACAGGUGAGAGCCAUCAUGCCCAGCUAAUUUUUUUUGUAUUUUUAGUAGAGACAGGGUUUCACCAUGUUGGCCAGGCUUGUCUUAAAUGCCUGAGCUCAAGUGAUUCACUGGCCUCUGUCUCCCAAAGCGCUGGGAUUACAGGUGUGAGCCACCAUGCCCAGCCUGAUUUUUCUAUUUUCAAUCUGGCAGAUUGCAAAUAGGAAGGACUAGAGAUGAUUAGAGAGUUAAUCUAGAACUGUAAAACCCAUCUAAGUGAAACACUUUUUAAGCUUUUUCUUAUUCCACCAGCAACCUAGAAAAAAAAUUUUUUUUUUAGAUGAAGUCUCGCACUUUACCCAGGUUGGAAUGCAAUGGUGCGAUCUUGGCUCACUGCAACCUCCGUGUCUCAGGUUCAAGUGAUUCUCCUGCCUCAGCCUCCUGAGUAGCUGGGAUUACAGGCGUGUGCCACCAUGUUUGGCUAAUUUUUUUCUUUUUUUUUAGUAGAGACGGAGUUUUGCCAUGUUAUCCAGGCUGGUCUUGAACUCCUGAAUUCAGGCAAUCCGCCCGUCUUAGCCUCCCAAAGUGCUGGGAUUACAGAUAUGAGCCAGCAUACCUGGCCAGAAUUCAUUUUUUAUUGGUUAUUCAGAAAGUGUUGACAUUCCAAAUUGACACCAUGAAUCCAGUUACAUUUUCUUGUUUUCUCUGCUGAGGUGGAAAAGACACACAACACACCCCGGAAGGAGGCUGUCUUCACAUUUCAAGUCACUGUGUCCAGUUCUGGCCCCAGAACCCAGCAGGCACUGGGAGGGUCAAAGCAGAUGUCACCGUCAACCCACAAAUCUGUUUUCUACAACCACACCUCAUGCUUCCAGACCUGGCCCUUCCCAUCUCCUUCUUUGCUGCAUUAGAACAGACUUCUGAAUUGGCAGGAAAUUGGCAUUUGCUCUGCUAGUGUAGUAAAGUAAAAGAAAAUCUGCUUCAGAGAACAAGUAGCAAAUUUCCCAAAACAAGCACUUAUAAUUAACUAGUGUGUGUCUUGGUUAUACGCCACCAGCAAUGAAAGGGCAUAUCCCAGUGUAAAUUUGCAUUUGAAUUCUUACCAGAGAGGCAGGCUCAGCAAACCAAUUAACUAAUUAAAUCAAUUAACCAAAUAUGUAAUUAACCUUGAGAACAGAAGUGUCAACAACAGAAGCACAACAAAGAAAAGUAGCCUCCUCCUGGAAUUAUCUAGUGGUUUUAAGUCUUUUCCUUUUCUGUCUUAAAGACAUAGCCACAGAGGGAAAACAUUCUCUGGGCAUAAGACGGGUGGCCACGCAAUGUCAUUCUAGGGACUGAAUCAAGCCGAAGGCAGUGCUUCCCUCUUACUCCUGCCCAUCAUCUGUAAGUAAAUACACAGGAGUUUUGCAGGACAUGGUCCAUGAAACACUGGUCCAUUUAUCCUCAUUCCUUUUGGGAAUACAAGUGUCCACUAUUAAGGAAAGGGGACUGCGGCCAGGCAAGGUGGGCUGAGGCAGGCGGAUCAUGAAGUCAAGAGAUUGAGACCAUCCUGGUCAACAUGGUAAAACCCCGUCUCUACUAAAAAUACAAAAAAUUAGCCAGGUGUGGUGGCAGGCACCUGUAGUCCCAGCAACUCAGGAGGCUGAGGCAGGAGAAUAGCUUGAACUUGGGAGGCGUAGGUUGCAGUGAGCCAAGAUUGUGCCACUGCACUCCAGCCUGGCGACAGAGUGAGACUCCAUCUCAAAAAAAAGAAAAGAAAAAAAAAGGGGACUAGCUAGAAAUUUCCAAGAUAGAUCCUCCCUUGGAGAUGACAAUACCUGGUCAUUCAAACAAUUGAUUCUAAGACAAAAGGGACCGUGAAAGAAAUGGCAACCUCUGCUAGACACAGUUAUAAAAGGCUUUUGUUUGACCAGUAUGGAGUCAGUCAGCUAAUUGCCACGAGAUCGGAAUGAGCUCUAAAACAGACCAGUUUUCCCAGUAUAUUUGACUGGAUAUACAACAACCAGUCAAAAGGAGCCUAGUGUACCAGAGCCCGAGUGACAAGGAAGUUCCCUUCUGUUUCAGCCGUCUGUAGGGAAAGUACAUUUGAAAUGAUCAGUCCAUACUUCGUCCCCUCUUUCUGCUCUCUUCAGCCUUUUUCUGCCUAUAAAGCAAAACUCCUCUGCUCCACCCACCAGAACCCUCACUCUAUCGUACAGAAGGAAGCGCUGCCCAUUCUAACAUCACACAUAAAAGGCAGUUUGAUCUUUACACUAAAAUGGUUGUAAUUUUGUCUUUUGACAGCUUUAUUUUAUAGAGGUUUGACCUGUACACAGAAAUCCCUGGGAAAGAGGAACUUGUGUGACUGUAGGAAUUCUGUGCAAUUCUGACACAUGGAAAUUUAUCAUUACCAAGACAAUACAUUAAUGCCUUGUACUAAUGACUUUUCAGUAGCUCACCUUAUACAAUUUCAGUUUUCAAGUAGCUUCAGAAAUGUUACUUAGAAUUAAUGAUGCGAAAAACACUAAGCUAGGCCUGAUGCCUUCAUGUAGCUUCCUUUAGGGGUGGUGUGAAAUUCACUCAGAAAAAAAACAACAACAAAGGGUUACAUGUUAAACAGGGAAAAGAGAAUAAUACAGACCAGAGGGCUGAUGCCUUCAUGUAGCUUUCAUUUAGGGGUGGUGUGAAAUUCACUCAGAAAAAAAAUAAUAACCAACAAAAAGUUACAAAAGUUACAUGUUAAACAGCGAAAAGAAAAUGAUGCAGACCAGAGGCAAAUAUUUAUUGACUAAGGCAGACUGGCUUAGACCAUUACUGACAUCAUUUCAGAAGAACCUAAAUCACAAAGGAGAGGUAACACGAUCAAAUCAUUAGCAGGGAAGCGAAAGCAACAGCACCAGGAACCUGGAGUCCUAUCAGGAGACUAAAUCUGUGUGUGAAAUCUCAUACUGGAUUUUCCUGUUCCUUUCCUAUAAUAGACGAGGUUUCCGAUGUUGACCUGGAGCAAAAUCAAAGCUCACCUGGGCUAGGUCAGCACACAGUUCCUAAUCCUUAAGUAAAAAGAUACACUUGUGAACAGUAACGCUCAGCCAAGCUCACAGCCUCAGGGAGUUAACGUGCAAUUUAUAAACAGGCGAGGAUGUUUAAAGAAUUGCAUUCCAUUCACUAAAAACCCAGGGAUCUCAUUCCCACCCCAAGUGCAGGGCGAGCCCUCGGUAUUAUCGGUAUUAUUUCAGUUAACCUCCCUGGGCCUCAGUUUCCUCAUCUGAAAAAAGAAGGGACUUGGAAUGGGAAAUCUCUACGAUCCCUCAUAUGAUGCAAAUAGACUGUUCUUUUUUUUUUUUCCCACCAAUAGUGGAAGAGGCUUUCUGACAGCCAACAUUUCCAUCCCCAGUAUUUUGGAACAACCAGAACACCGAAAAUUUGGUACGAAAAGCUUUUCUUACAAUAAAGAGAUAGCAUUUCCUUGAGAACAGUUGCUGAAACUUUAGCCGAGGAACUUAUCAAAUAAAGAAACCACCUCAUUUCAGACUGAGUCCAGUGAAGUCAAACCCACCGCCUCCUGGGAAUUUAGAAUUGCACGGUAGUUGAUCAAGUGGAGAGAAAAGAAUGUGAAUUUGUUUUUCCAAGAUUCUCCAACACCAUAUGAACUGGGGCUGCCUUUUCUUUAAAUCAUAUAAUUGAAGAAAACAAACUUCUAGAAAAAGUUAUGUAUCAUCUCCUCCAAGUGGUGACUGGUCCCUGCUCAAUGUCUUGUGGUUUACCUUGCCUUGAACCCAAAACAAGCCCUUGCCCUCACAGAGCCUUGAAAUGUCUGGUGGCCGCAGGAGGCUGAAUUCCAUAAGAUGCUUCAUACAAAUUGUAUUCUAUGUCUGUGCAAGUUAAGUGUGUUAGUACUGAUGUGGCAAGAUUUGUCAUUGUAAUGUUAGCUAGACUGAUAAUAUCAGUAUAUGAUGUUAAUGGUAAAUAUUAAA